AUGUCCACCACAACCACCUCCUGCUGCGGGGACGCGACAACCCACAAGUACAACAAUGACUGCGGAAUCUACUGUCUCGCCCAGGGACAGGAUGUCAAGAAACUCCAGACCUGUCUCACCAGCAAGAGUGGCAACUACAAUGUUUUCUGUAAUGCCGCCCAGAACGCAACUGCAACUGCCAUUGGCUCCCAAGUCUACCUCAAUCGGCACGAGCACCAGUACUAG